AGCUCUGUACAUUGUUCAUAAUCCUGAAAGUAUAACAAAGAACACGCACUCAUUGGGUUGUGGCACUCAACUGAUUUGGGUUCCUAAAACUUUGGGCUGCUGAGUUGACGUGAACAAUGCCAUUGUCCAGGAGAAGAACACAUGGAGAGACAAUCUUGGCUUUGACCAUACGUCAUUCCCGGUGUCAAGACGAAGCUGAAAAUUAAAUCCUCUUCGAGAAAGUCAUAUCGCAUAGCACCCAAGACGUGUUGUUAUCUACGACCAAGGGUUGGCAGACAACCAGUCUAGUAAAGGUCAGAGAUCCAUCGUCGUCGUCGUCGUUGCUGUUGCUGUUGCCGAGGCUGUUGGUCUAGGUGUCUCCAUUUAUCCACGAGCACCCCCCACCCCCCCCAACCGAAAGACAACACUCAUUCUCUUGAGGCCCACCACCGUCAGGUCAGGCCCACGAGUCCAGGAUCCGAGGAGGAAGUCAGGAGCAGUAGUAGUGUGCAUACACGGGAGAACUCGCUGGCAAGGUGGCAAGGUGCUCCAUUUAUGAACUGACUAACUAACGCCAGAGGCACGUCGGGUCUGAAAACUGAAAAGGAUCUCGUCUUGACUUGCUCAUGCAUUGAACGGGAUUCCGUGCACGCAUGCGGCCAAGGUGGACCAUCGACGAAGGAGGAGCACAACGAGGAUCAAGGGACAACAACAGUAGCAACGACAACAACAACAGCAACCAGCGGCAGCACCACCAGGCGAAAAAAAACUUUUUUCAAGACGUUUGUCGUUUGUCGGGGAGUCUUGACAACCAGAAAGCCAACAACGGAAGGGCCCUUGGAAAUCUGGGGAAGUUGACUCCAAUUGACCGCUUUUCUUAUUUAUGGGAGAACCAGAUCCCUCUCUAUUGAAUAAGGGGUACUUGUCGUGAAGACUCGGCUUUUCUGGCGUGUGUUACAUCGCGACACCGGAACUGACGAAACUGCGACCAACUCUGCCCACUCUGACCAAUUCUGUUCCCAGUCCGUCUUUUUCGAAGCCUUUUCCUUCGUUCUCAGCGAUCUCUCGACGCAUUCAGACGAGAAUCAUCGAACCGUUCCAUUUAGUGGAAGCUCAACGGUUGUGGUAGACAGAGAGUGUGUCAUAUCCGUAGUUGAAUUGCUGUUGUGGCCUUCGAAAUCCGAUCUAUCUUCAAGAAGUUCAAGUGACUUCGAGCCACGAUGAAGGCUGGGUGGUGGCAACCAUGGAUGGUGGGAAUCACACUCUGGGGAGCCAUGCUUAUUGGAAAUGCAGACUCCCAAACGCAAUCCAAAUCGGAACAACAGAUUCAAUGUUACGCGUGUGGCUUGGCCAAGGUCCACCCGGAAAAUGACGUGGUGGGUAGUUAUGGCACUGCCAUCGGGAAGAAGAUGUACAAUCAUUCUUGUACCGAGCUCUUGGACAAUCUCAAGGAUGGAGCCGUGGCCAAUCGAUUCAUGAGGACCUGUCCCGUGGGUGUGAAGAGCUGUUUUGGGGCCACAGGGUUUUACGACCAUGGCGAUAAUGAUCCCUCCAAUGAUCUACAUGUCCAAUUUCUUGGUUGCUCAGAGGCCAAGCAUCAACAUAGCUAUGGAUGUGAUAGAGACCUCCAAAAUGUGGAUAUCCGUGAUAAAGCCAAGCGCAAAAUCCAGGUUGAAAUUGACGUCAAUCUCUGCUUUUGCUCUACCCACAUCUGCAAUGACCCUCUUGGAGAGCUACUCAGUUCCAAGGCCGCCAUUCAGACCAGUCCCUCAGUGGUCCCAACUUUGGUGAUGGGUUUUCUGGUGGCCAGUGGUCUCCGAUGGAACUUUUAAUCAACCCAUCUACGUCGUUGGUGAAAAUAAAACUCGUCGAAAGUACACAACUCAUAGACUCUCUUCAACUCUCAAUAACAAUUAACGGAUACUUUUCAAGAAGAUCUCGAGAUCGGAUACUUAUUUAUAACCAUUGAACCAAAGUGGAAGUGGUUAUAACUGACUAGUGUGAUGAAUGGUGAAUUGGGACCGAACUUCUUUUUUUCACCAGAGGUCGCAGCAACAAAGUUCCAAAAUCAAGAUGCAUAACGUCCAUUUGGCCUAACACUGACGUGAAUGAACACAAAAUUGUCCAUAUUUUAGCAGAAUAUAUCUCUUUCGAACCUG